CAGCAGAAUGGACCUGGUCAAGAUCACAGUGUCCUUCCACAUUCUUCUGUGUCCUGCGUGGGCCCUGUCCCGCCACGCCUCCGUGGACAGCAUCCUCUCAGCGCGCUCAGCUCUCAGGAUGCUGGACGAGCCGCUGAGGUUUGAGCCCUGUUGCCUCACGUCACCGCCUCCGCCGCCGCUCUUCCCUCCGCCACCUCAGCUGUGGAAGCGGGGCAGCACUGAUGGCAUUGGCAUGCUAGAGCCAAGUGUUUUUGGAGGAGGCGACCAAGAAAAACGAAAACCUGCGAUAUCUGGGUGUUCACCUGGACCUCCAGGACCUCCAGGGCCCCGCGGCCCAGAGGGUCACAGUGGAUUACCCGGCAUAAGAGGACCAAAAGGGGAGAAGGGAGAAAUUGGACGUCCAGGGUCAAAGGGUCGUACAGGGGCUCCAGGCCUCCCAGGCAAACAAGGACUACCAGGAUGGCCUGGUCCAGAGGGACCCAAGGGUGAGAAAGGUGAUCCAGGACUCAUGGGUUUGCCAGGACUGAGGGGACCACCAGGGACAAAGGGUUUGCCUGGUUACAAAGGAGAGAAGGGGACUCAUGGUGACCCUGGAACAGCAGGACCAAAAGGUGAUAAGGGUUCCAUUGGUUUGCCGGGGAUGCUUGGGCAGAAGGGCGAGCAGGGACCAAAGGGAGAGCAAGGAGUCUCAGGGAAGAGAGGACCGACUGGAAGGCCUGGGAAGAGAGGCAAACAGGGCAUGAAAGGCAACACUGGAGGCCCAGGAGUCAUGGGUCCCCCAGGACCCCCAGGUCCAAACGGCCAUCCAGGGCCACCUGGUCCACCUGCAUCAGGUCUCUAUCUAGUAGGGGAAAAGGGGGAGAAGGGUCUUCCAGGUCCUCCAGGUCGCUGUGACUGCGAUGCCACUCUUGGGGCAAAUAAUGCCCCAUAUGGAAGCUACACACAGCGGGGUGGCACUGAUAAAGUCCCUGCAAUAUUCGUGGUGAACACUGAGGAGGAGAUGGACCGUCUACAUCUAGACAACGCAAUAGCAUUCAGGAAGGAUCAGAGGGCGCUCUACUUCAAAGAUAAAGAUGGUUGGAAGCCCAUACAGCCCUUCCAGCCGUUCCAGUCCACAGAGAAAGUCCCGGACAGAGUCGGUGUGUGUGGGGACGGAAAGGUGCAGGCUCAGCAUGGAGAGGAGUGUGAUGAUGGAAACCAGAUUGUCACAGAUGCUUGUCUCAACUGUAAGUGGGCCUACUGUGGAGAUGGCUACCGGCAUGAGGGCAUGGAGGAGUGCGACGGAAAGGACUUUGGUUAUCAGACCUGCAAAUCCUAUCUUCCUGGGUCCUUUGGGCAGCUCAGAUGCACCGACUCCUGCCUCAUUGAUUCCACUGGUUGCAAGUAUUUCACCUGA